ACAGACCCCGCGCGCCGCGCCCGAGUCGUCGCCGGGGCCCGAGCGGCCGGGGCAGACGCUGGGCAGCCAUGCCGCGCAGCCCGACCUCCAGCGAGGACGAGAUGGCCCAGAGCUUCUCCGACUACUCGGUGGGGUCAGAGUCGGACAGCUCCAAAGAAGAAACCAUCUAUGACACCAUCCGGGCCACAGCAGAGAAGCCCAGCACCGCCAGGACGGAGGAGAGCCAAGGCAACACGCUGGUCAUCCGUAUCCUCAUCCAGGACCUGCAGCAGACGAAGUGCAUCCGGUUUAACCCAGAUGCCACCGUGUGGGUCGCCAAGCAGCGGAUUCUGUGCUCCCUGACCCAGAGCCUGAAGGAUGUGCUGAACUACGGGCUGUUCCAGCCGGCCAGCAACGGGCGCGACGGGAAGUUCCUGGAUGAGGAGCGGCUGCUGCGAGAGUACCCUCAGCCCGUGGGCAAGGGCGUCCCCUCCCUGGAGUUCCGAUACAAGAAGCGCGUGUAUAAGCAAUCCAACCUGGACGAGAAGCAGUUGGCGAAGCUGCACACGAAGACCAAUCUGAAAAAAUUCAUGGACCACAUUCAGCACCGUUCGGUGGAGAAGAUCAUCAAAAUGCUGGAACGAGGCCUGGAUCCGAAUUUCCAUGACCUGGACACGGGAGAGACCCCGCUGACCUUAGCCGCUCAGCUGGAUGAGCCUGCGGAGGUGAUCAAAGCUCUCAGAAACGGCGGCGCCCACCUGGACUUCCGCGCCAGAGAUGGGAUGACCGCCCUGCACAAAGCCGCCCGAACCAGGAACCAAGUAGCCCUGAAGACCCUUUUGGAGCUGGGAGCAUCCCCGGAUUACAAAGACAGCUACGGCCUCACACCGCUGUACCACACCGCGAUCGUGGGCGGGGACCCCUACUGCUGCGAGCUGCUGCUCCACGAGCACGCGGCCGUGUGCUGCAGGGACGAGAACGGCUGGCACGAGAUCCACCAGGCCUGCAGGUACGGCCACGUGCAGCACCUGGAGCACCUGCUCUUCUACGGGGCGGACAUGGCGGCCCAGAACGCCUCGGGGAACACAGCCCUGCACAUCUGCGCCCUCUACAACCAGGACAGCUGUGCCCGAGUGCUGCUCUUCCGGGGCGGGAACAAAGAGCAGAAGAACUACAACAGCCAGACCCCAUUCCAGGUGGCGAUCAUCGCGGGCAACUUCGAGCUGGCGGAAUACAUCAAGAACCACAAGGAGACCGACAUCGUACCCCUUGUGCCAACCAGGAGGGCUGUGUCUGGGGCUCCGCCUCUGCCCCAUCGCCCACCUGGCGGCUGGGCGCAGCCCUGCAUCUCCGAAGAGCCCGCCGGCCUGUUUCCGCCGGCGCCAGGUUUGCACAGGACCUGCAGCGGGGAGCAGUCCCAGUGGACCAGCAGUGUGCCCUUCCGAGAGGCCCCGGCAUACUCCAACCGCCGGCGGCGGCCCCCCAACACGCUGGCCGCCCCCCGGGUCCUGCUGCGCUCCAACAGUGACAACAACCUCAACGCCAGCACGCCCGACUGGGCCGUCUGCUCCGCCACCUCCCACCGCAGUCUCUCACCCCAGCUGCUGCAGCAGACGCCCGGCAAGCCCGAGGGGGCCGCCAGGACCCUUGGGAGCUAUGCCCCUGGGCCCCGCAGCCGGUCCCCGUCGCUCAACAGGCUGGGUGGUGCCGGCGAAGAUGGCAAGAGGCCCCAGCCGUCCUGGCACAUCGGGCCGGCUUUCCUGCCCGGUGCCAGCAAGGAUGCGCUGUCUGCCUUCGAGUACCCAGAGCCCAAGCGGAAGCUGUACAGCGCGGUCCCGGGGAGGCUCUUUGUCGUCGUCAAGCCAUACCACCCUCAGGUCGACGGCGAGAUCCCCCUCCACCGCGGCGACAGGGUCAAAGUUCUGAGCAUUGGCGAAGGAGGUUUCUGGGAAGGCAGCGCCCGCGGCCACAUCGGGUGGUUCCCGGCCGAGUGCGUGGAGGAGGUGAUGUGCAGGCCCAAGGACAGCCAGGCAGAAACCCGCACGGACCGCAGCAAGAAGCUCUUCCGGCACUACACGGUCGGCUCCUACGACAGCUUCGACGCCACCAGUGACUGCAUUAUCGAGGAGAAGACAGUGGUCCUGCAGAAGAAGGACAAUGAGGGUUUCGGAUUCGUGCUCCGAGGGGCGAAAGCCGAUACGCCCAUUGAAGAAUUCACGCCAACGCCGGCGUUCCCAGCCCUGCAGUACCUGGAGUCCGUGGAUGAAGGAGGGGUGGCGUGGCAAGCCGGACUGAGGACCGGGGACUUCCUGAUUGAGGUGAACAACGAGAACGUCGUCAAGGUCGGCCACCGGCAAGUCGUGACCAUGAUCCGCCAGGGAGGGAACCACCUCGUGCUCAAGGUGGUCACGGUGACCAGGAGUCUCGACCCGGACGACACCGCCAGGAAGAAAGCUCCCCCGCCUCCCAAGCGUGCUCCAACCACGGCCCUCACCCUGCGCUCCAAGUCCAUGACCUCGGAGCUGGAGGAGCUCGUGGACAAAGCCUCCAUCCGGAAGAAGAAGGACAAACCCGAGGAGAUAGUCCCGGCCUCCAAGCCAUCCCGCGCUGCUGAUAACGUGGCCAUGGAGUCCAGGGUGGCCACCAUCAAGCAGCGGCCCACCAGCCGGUGCUUCCCGUCCGUCUCGGACAUGAACUCCGUGUACGAACGACAGGGGAUUGCUGUAAUGACGCCCACGGUUCCCGGGAGCCCGAAAGGCCCAUUUCUGGGCCUCCCCCGAGGUACGAUGCGAAGGCAGAAAUCAAUAGACAGCAGAAUCUUUCUAUCAGGAAUAACGGAGGAAGAGCGGCAGUUUCUGGCCCCUCCGAUGCUGAAGUUCACCAGAAGCCUGUCCAUGCCAGACACCUCCGAGGACAUCCCGCCCCCACCGCAGUCUGUGCCCCCAUCCCCCCCACCCCCAUCCCCCACCACCUACAACUGCCCCAAGUCUCCAACCCCAAGAGUCUACGGGACCAUCAAGCCAGCGUUCAGUCAGAACCCCGCUGCCAAGGUGCCCCCCGCGGCUCGCUCGGACACGGUGGCCAUGGUGAUGAGGGACAAGGGGCUGUACUACCGGCGGGAGCUGGACCGCUACUCCCUGGACUCCGACGACCUGUACAGUCGCAGCGCCGCCGCCCAGGCCAACUUCCGCGCCAAGAGAGGCCAGAUGCCAGAAAACCCGUACUCGGAGGUGGGGAGGAUCGCGAGCAAAGCCGUGUACGUCCCCGCCAAGCCCGCUCGGCGGAAGGGCAUGCUAGUGAAGCAGUCCAAUGUGGAGGACAGCCCUGAGAAGACGUGCUCCAUCCCCAUCCCGACCAUCAUCGUGAAGGAGCCCUCCACCAGCAGCAGCGGGAAGAGCAGCCAGGGCAGCAGCACGGAGAUCGACCCGCAGGCCCCAGAGCCGCCAGGCCAGCUGCGGCCUGACGACAGCCUGACCGUCAGCAGCCCCUUUGCUGCUGCCAUCGCUGGGGCCGUCCGCGACCGGGAGAAGCGGCUGGAAGCCAGGAGGAACUCCCCGGCCUUCCUCUCCACAGACCUGGGGGACGAGGACGUUGGACUGGGGCCACCCGCUGCCCGGGCACACCCCUCCAACUUCCCCGAAGAGGUCGGCUUCGGCGAGGAGGAUGGCGCCGAGCCACUGUCGUUGCCCACACCGGUGGCACUGCCCAGGGAGCCCGAGAACCACUUCGUGGGUGGUGGCGAGGCCGCAGCUCAGGGGGAGGCCGGCAGGCCUCUGAAUUCCACAUCCAAAGCCAAGGGUCCCGAGGGCGGCCCUGCAGUGCCCCCCAAGAGCAGCAGCACAGCCAGCCCCGAGAAUUACGUCCACCCGCUCACAGGCCGGCUCCUGGACCCCAGCUCCCCGCUGGCCCUGGCGCUGUCUGCAAGGGACCGAGCCAUGAAGGAGUCCCAACAGGGUCCCAAGGGGGAGGCCCCCAAGGCCGACCUCCACAAACCUCUCUACAUCGAUACCAAAAUGCGGCCCAGCGUGGAAGCAGGCUUCCCUCCGGUCACCAGGCAGAACACACGGGGACCCCUAAGGCGGCAGGAGACCGAGAACAAGUACGAGACGGAGCUGGGCAAGGACCGCAAGGGCGAGGACAAGAAGCACGCACUCAUCAACAUCGUGGACACGUCCCAGCAGAGGUCGGCCGGCCUGCUGAUGGUCCACACUGUGGGCGCGGCCACCACCGACCACCUCCUGCAGGAAGAGGACGAGAAAGCCGACGGGGAGGCCACGCCAGACCACUCGCUGCCCGAGGGGCCAGAAGGCGCUCCCGAAACCGAAGGUGCUUUAGAGAUCUCCGCCAGCCCCGAGCCCGCCGCCGCCGUGCCUGGCAGGACCAUCGCGGCAGCGGGCUCUGUGGAAGAGACGGUGAUUUUGCCAUUCCGCAUCCCUCCUCCCCCUCUGGCAUCCGUGGAUCUGGAUGAGGAUUUUAUUUUUACAGAGCCAUUGCCUCCCCCCCUGGAAUUCGCAAAUAGUUUUGAUAUCCCCGAUGACCGCAUCGCUUCUGUCCCUGCUCUCACGGACCUGGUCAAGCAGAAGAAACAGGACGCCUCCCAGUCCCCUUCGUUGAACCCCAGCCAACCAGCCAACUGUGCAGACAGUAAGAAGCCGGCUGGCCUUCCCAACUGCCUGCCUGCCUCCUUCCUGCCGCCCCCCGAGAACUUUGACGUGGUCACGGACUCUGGGAUCGAGGAGGUGGACAGCCGGAGUAGCAGUGACCACCAUCUCGAGACAACCAGCACCAUCUCCACGGUGUCCAGCAUGUCCACCCUGUCCUCUGAAGGCGGGGAGAACGUGGACACCUGCACAGUCUAUGCAGAUGGGCAGGCAUUUACGGCGGACAAGCCCCCAGUACCUCCGAAGCCAAAAGUGAAGCCCGUAAUUCCCAAAAGCACCACACUUUAUCAGGACGCGCUAGCAGAGGAGGACGUGGAUAGCCUCGUCAUCCCUCCCCCGGCACCCCCGCCACCGCCGGGCAGCACCCAGCCUGGGGCCACGAAGGUCACGCCACCAAGGACCUCCAAGUUGUGGGGGGACGUGUCCGAGGUCAGAAGCCCGAUUCGCUCAGGCCCAAAGGCAAACGUGAUCAGUGAAUUGAACUCAAUCCUGCAGCAAAUGAACCGAGAGAAAUCGGCAAAGCCGGGGGAAGGAUUGGAUUCGCCCACAGGAACCAAGCCUGCCAGCCUCGCUCCAAGAAGUCCAGAGGUCAUGAGCACCGUCUCAGGGACGCGGAGCACGACGGUGACCUUCACGGUUCGCCCAGGGACCUCGCAGCCCAUCACUCUGCAGAGCCGGCCCACGGACUUUGAGAGCAGGACCUCAGGAACAAGACGUGCCCCGAGCCCUGUGGUGUCGCCAACAGAGCUGAGCAAAGAGAUCCUGCCUGCCCCCCUCUCCGCUGCUGCUGCCACUCCUUCUCCCACUCUCUCAGAGGUCUUUAGCCUUCCAAGCCAGCCCCCAUCUGGGGACCUGUUUGGCUUGAACCCGGUGGGCCGCAGCAGGUCGCCAUCCCCCUCCAUACUGCAACAGCCCAUCUCAAAUAAGCCUUUUACGACUAAGCCUGUGCACCUGUGGACUAAACCAGACGUGGCGGAUUGGCUGGAAAGUCUAAACUUGGGUGAGCAUAAAGAGACCUUCAUGGACAAUGAGAUUGAUGGCAGUCACCUACCAAACCUUCAGAAGGAAGACCUAAUAGAUCUCGGGGUGACUCGGGUCGGGCACAGGAUGAACAUAGAAAGGGCUUUGAAACAGCUGCUGGACAGAUAAGGGUGGCUGCUCUGUUCCUUCACAGACUCCUUGUUAUAAGUAGAGAUGGGCUUCUACUGAAAUAUUUGGGCGGCCAAGCAUGGUCUGUGAGCACCAACCCCACUCCACGGGUGUGUCUCCUGGUACCCAAAGAAAUGCCGAGUGUGUCCAGGUGUGGCUGAGCGAAGGCCUUGAAACGCCCCCAAUCUCCAUGUGGGCUUCACGGGCUGUUUCUGUGCAGCAGGGGACACGGGGAGGGAGUUCUGCACCACGAGAGAGGCCCGGCUUGCCUCCCAGCACGCAGGUGACCUCACGUUGCCAGGCCCCGGGGACGCCCCCGUCGAUUUAGCAAGGGACCCUCGCUCUUGCAGACACCAGUGUCCUCUAGAUGCCUCCUGAGACCUCCCUCCGCUUUCCGGGUGGCUGUCACCGCCGCAGGCCCGCCGCAGUCUGUGGCUUCCGGGAGGGUUCUCAAUGCUCACUUGCUCCUUUCUUUCCUCUACUUCGCUUGCGGUAAAACACCCCAGAGUAGUCUGUCUGGUGCCCCUUCUUGGGCCCGAAAGGUAGAGAAUCUUUUUUUCCUCUGGAUUCAGUACCCCGUCUCCUCCUGCGAGGUGCGUCCGUGGUUCUUCGGCCAUGAAGCUCUUGGCAGUGGUGGGGAGUCUGAAUGGGAUCGUGCCCAGCUUUGCGUAGCUUUCUUUCUGCAAAUCUAUUAACAUAAUUCCAAAGUGGCCAGAUGUCACACAGAGUUAGUCAAAGCACAAAGUCACGAUUCCAAGGAGGAGGGGAGACCUGGCCACGGGAAGCAGCCAGUGUGCAGCUGCCUGGGUCCCAAGUCUCCUCGAGGGGACGAGCAGUGAGUCAUCUGCCAAGAGUGUCUCCAGGACGGUGAGAAGGAGAUUCUCUGCCUUUCACGACAUUUUUUUUAAACUGCAAGUGUGCUGCAUUCUGCAAAGAUCAGAGCAGGUGAGCGUCCACUUUAACACGAGGGCGGGACACGAGGUGAACGGUGGGCGCGUGCCGCGGCAGAGGAGACCGCGUCUUCCCCGGGAGCUGGUGGGGCGCCGCGACGUCCGUUCCCAGCCCGGCCCGGGUGAGCGACUCUGCCGAGACAGCCCCUCUGCUCUCUGAGGCCAGGGAAGAUGGUCCUUGGGGGCCCUCCCCCUUUGUCUCCAACUGUCCGCACAGCCCACCAGUUUGUCCUACAACAGGCUUCUUGAGCUCCCGGAGGGUAUGGCAUCUACACCGGACUCAGGGUUUAGAACACACGGUGGGCUGCAGGGCGAGGGGGCAGGCAGACAAAUGAAAAAAGGCCAGCCAGGGAGGCUUCCCCGGGCUGCACAAGGCCCCUCUCGCGAGGCUUUUCUGGGCUGUGCCCGUUCUCCUCCCUGGAGUCCCCUCCCCCGUAACAUUACCUCCAGCUUCCAAGGGAGGUUGCCGCCUGCCCAGGGGCCACCAGACAUCCAGCCAGGCUUCUAGCACAUUUUCCCACACUUGGAAGGAACUCGAACCGCAGGUUUUGGCUUUUAUGAUUUCAGAACUAGCCUAGCCCAUCUCUAAUUAUAAAAACAUGAUUUUUUUUUCCUUUCUUUUCUUUAUGCUCACAAUCAAGUGUCUGAUUAGGUCUGGAACAGCUCUAGAAUGAACACAUAAAAUUUAGCAAUUUAAAAUCUCUUUCUUUACUGCAAGUUUAAAUAGUUGUACAGAUAGUUUAUAAGCACAAUAUUUUAAGAGAAAAAAAAAAGUGGCUGGUCUACUCAGCAGCCUUUGUGCCACUUCAGUGCUAGAAAGUUAAAGAAAAAAAAACUUUUGUGAUUUAAUAAUACUAUUUCUGUGGGAUUAUAAAAGUAUGACCUUUUUAAAUCAACCUUAUUUGGAUGCAUCUGAACCAGCAGAGCUGUGUUAUAUUUUCUAUCUUUGCUAGAACUUCGUCAUCGAAGGACAAUUACUUCUUCAAAAGUGGUUACAACUCACAAUGCAGCAGUUUCUCCAAAAGCAAACAUGCACCACCACACACACAACUCAC